AAUAAAAAAAUAGUCUAUGAAAGCUCAUUACCACCUUCCUCACAUACAUAUACAAUGAUACAGAUAUAGUAUCUCUCUCUCUCUCUCUCUCUCUCUCUCUCUCACCGACUGGCCAAGAAUGGAAGAAACAACAAGAUCAUCGUCCGCGCCACUGCCAUGGUUGUUACGAAGGCGGAGCAGCCAAAUGAUAAAUAACAUAACCUCAGUUUCAAGCAGCCUUUUACCAGCUUUUGGAACUGUUAUUGAUGACGAGCACUUGCCGGUUAAGAAAUAUGUCAUUAUUCCCUACGAUUAUAGAUACAGGUGGUGGCAAACGCUCCUUGUGGUACUGGUAUUAUACUCUGCGUGGGCAUCUCCGUUUGAGCUAGCUUUCAAGAAAGCGACUACCGGAGGAUUCAUGAUCAUCGAUCUUGUGGUUGAUGCCUUCUUUGCCAUUGACAUUAUCCUUACUUUCUUUGUGGCUUACUUGGACAAAACUACCUAUCUUCUUGUUGAUGAUCACAAGAAAAUUGCACUAAGAUAUGUCAAGACCUUAUGGUUCCCUAUGGACGUAGCUUCAACUCUACCAUUUCAACAAAUAUACAGAAUCUUCACCGGCAAAUUGCACCAAGGACAGUUUUUUAACUGUCUUAACCUGCUUCGACUCUGGCGACUCAGGCGCUUUAGUGAUCUCUUCAAAAGGCUAGAGAAAGACAUACGCUUCAGCUACUUUUGGACAAGACUCUUUAAACUAAUUAGUGUUAUACUAUUUGUAGUGCACUCAGCAGGAUGUGCAUAUUUCUGGUUGGCUGCCCAUCAUAAUCCACCAGAUCAUACAUGGAUAGGACUUGAGGUCGAAGAUUUCAAACAUAGAAGCAUUUGGCUAGGCUAUACCUAUUCUAUUUACUGGUCAAUUGUCACUCUAACUACAGUUGGCUAUGGAGACUUGCAUGCAGUAAAUACAGGAGAGAAGGUUUUCAAUAUGUUCUACAUGCUAUUCAACAUUGGGCUCACUGCUUAUAUAAUCGGAAACAUGACAAAUCUCAUUGUCCACAGUGCUGUUCGAACCUUUUUUAUGAGGGAUGCCAUUAAUCAAAUAUUAAGAUAUGCUAGCAAAAAUAGACUCCCAGAAGGCUUGAAAGAGCAAAUGCUUGCACACAUGCAAUUAAAGUUCAAGACAGCUGAAUUACAGCAAGAAGAAGUGUUAGAAGGCCUACCGAAAGCGAUAAGAUCCAGCAUUGCUCAGCAUCUUUUCCGUAACACUGUUGAAAAUAGCUAUUUAACCAAAGGAGUCUCUGAAGACCUCAUUACUCUGCUGGUAUCAGAAAUGAAAGCAGAAUACUAUCCACCCAAGAUGGAAAUUAUCUUACAAAAUGAGAUUCCAACAGAUUUCUACAUUUUGGUGUCUGGAGAAGUGGACGUGCUGACAUACAAGAAUGGAACAGAGCAGAUUUUGUCAAAACUAGGAUCUCAAGAAGUGGCUGGAGAAAUAGGAGUUAUAUUCAAUAUUCCACAGCCAUUUACAGUGAGAACCAAGAGGCUUUCCCAGGUCAUCAGGAUGAGCCAUCACCAUUUCAAGCAAAUUGUGCAGCCACAAAGUGAAGAUGGAAAAAUAAUUAUCUCCAACUUUGUUCAGUACUUGAAAGAACUAAAAAAGGAGAUGCUACAAGAAAUACCCUUUUCACUGGAAUUUCUGGAUGACAUGAAUAUAGAGCACACAGAAGAAAAUGAGGAGAUACAAAAUUUGGCAGCACUAAAUUCGGAUGGAGAUGCAAGUGUAACAGGACGACCAGAAACUUCACAUCCAAUAUCAAGCAAAUAUCCCAUCAGGGUUAUAAUCCAUGGGCAUCAUCCAAAUGACAAUCCAACAGAAGGUGACACAUUGGGAAAGCUCAUACAUUUGCCUGAUUCGAUAGAAGAUCUUUUCAGAUUAGCAGAAAAGAAGUUUGGCAAAGAAGGAAAAACCAUUCUCAUGGAAGAUGGCUCAGAAGUGGAAGAAUUGGUUGCAAUAAGAGAAAAUGAUCACUUACAUAUUUUCUAAAAUGAUCCUUCGGAAAACUACUUGUAAGAGU